AUGCCUCGGUAUUAUUGUGACUACUGUGACACUUAUUUGACCCACGAUUCGCCUUCAGUUAGAAAGCAACACAAUGCUGGUUAUAAACACAAGGCAAACGUGAGGUUGUACUAUCAGAAAUUUGAGGAGCAACAAACCCAAAGUUUGGUUGACCAAAGAAUCAAGGAGCACCUCGGCCAGCACCUUGGCCAAGCUGCGGCUUACGGGCAAGUUGGUGCAGCUUACAAUCAACAUUUAAUGGCUCAGCGGCCCCGUCUUCCUGUUCUACCAACACCUGGUAUGCCACAAAUGCCUGGAGGUGCACAAAUGGUCCCAGGGAUGAGGCCUCCAGUUUUGCCAAGACCUAUGCCUGGAGCUCCAGGAGGAUAUGGCUCUGCUCCACCCAUGAUGCCAAUGAUGGCUCCACCUGGUGCUCCUGGAAUGCCUGGUCAAUUAAAUGUUCCGAUGAGGCCUCCCACUAUGAAUCCUCCACCAACAGUUCCUGGCAGCACAGCACCAAAUGCUUCUAUUGGUGUCCCUUCUAUGGCUCCACCUCCAAUGUAUCAAUCCAAUCAAACACCACCAACAAGUGGAGGCUAUGAUGGUUUUAAUCCCAAUAACCAACCUCCUGAUUCUAGUCAGUAA